UAAUAAAUCUCAAAUCUUUAUCAAUUCACUCCCUCAGGCUGAGGCUGAGACUCAGGAUCCCUCUCGAAAGCUGUCGGUCAAAUUUCUUCACCAGGGCAACGGCAGUGGUCAAUCCUUACACACUCCUGUCGGUUCAAUGAGGAAAGACGGAGCGCCGCCCGUCAACCCCGUCGGCAAGAUCUUCCUCUGCUUCGAAACCAAGCCCUUCCUCGCCACAUUGCUAGCCGUUACCCUUGUUAUGGUCGUCUGGAAUCUCCAGCCUUACUACGAGAACCUCAUCUCCGCCACCGCCCGCUGCUCCGCCGCAACUUCUGCCUCCUCCUCCUCCACCGAAUCUCUUCCCAUUAAAUCAGCUACCCUUGGUGUCGUCACCCCUCUUGCCGAGAAGAAGCUGGUUAGUAGUCCCCCUGCAGACCCCAACAAGCGCACCUUCCAAGCUUACGGCAACGCCGCCGCUCUUUUUGUCCAAAUGGGUGCCUAUCGCGGCGGCCCUAAGACAUUUGCGGUGGUGGGUCUCGCCUCAAAACCCAUUCACGUCUUCGGCCGCCCGUGGUACAAAUGUGAGUGGAUCCCCAACAAUGGGAACUCCUCCAUCAGGGCCAAGGCCUACAAGAUGCUCCCUGACUGGGGCUACGGCCGUGUUUACACCGUCGUCGUCGUCAAUUGCACGUUUGCCGAGAAUCCGAAUGCUGACAACAGCGGCGGCAAGCUGAUGGUGUAUGCCUACUAUGGGGAGUCUCCACGCAAGUACGAGAAAUUCACCGCCUUGGAGGAGGCGCCGGGUUCCUACGACGAGUCCAAGUACAGACCGCCAUACAAGUACGAGUAUCUCUACUGCGGUUCAUCCUUGUACGGGAACCUGAGCGCUUCGAGAAUGAGAGAGUGGAUGGCGUAUCACGCUUGGUUCUUCGGGGCCAGCUCGCAUUUUGUUUUCCACGACGCAGGCGGAGUGUCGGCGGAGGUGAGGGCAGUGCUGGAACCGUGGAUUAGAGCUGGAAGGGUGACGCUGCAGGACAUAAGGGCUCAGGCGGAGUACGAUGGGUACUACUACAACCAGUUCUUGGUGGUGAACGAUUGCCUGCACCGGUACCGACACGCCGCCAACUGGACUUUCUAUUUCGAUGUGGAUGAGUAUAUCUACCUUCCAGAUGGAAACACAUUGGAGUCUGUCCUGCGAGAUUUCUCCAAUAACACGCAGUUCACCAUUGAGCAAAAUGCAAUGUCCAGUGUGCUCUGCUUGAAUGAUUCACCUCAGGGUUAUUCCAGGCAAUGGGGUUUGGAGAAGCUGGUGUUCAGGGAUUCCCGGACGAGGAUAAGGAGAGAUCGUAAGUACGCAAUACAAGCGAAGAACGCAUACGCAACGGGGGUGCACAUGUCGGAGAAUGUGAUUGGCGGAACGCUCCACAAAACAGAGUCUAGAAUCCGAUACUACCACUACCACAACACCAUCACGGUGCACGAGGAGCUCUGUCGCAACUUGGUGCCAGUGUCGGCCAAGAACGCCACCACCUGGCUGGACAAGAUCCCAUUUGUGUACGACGACAACAUGAGGAAACUGGCCCCGACAAUCAAGGAAUUCGAGCGGAAGACGAUUGGGGUGGGAUCGCAGCGAGGCCUGGGUUCUUGAGAAAGUAAUUCUAAUUCAUCUAUCUAGCUAAUAUAUGAUAUGAGUAAAAUUCUUUGUUUUUUGAAUUAUAGUUCCAUUAAUAUUUUUCAAUGUAUAAAAAAGUUACGAUAUCUUUUUGGUUUA